AUGUCGGCAAUUGGUGCAGCUGCUGCGCGAGCAGUGACCCGAGCAGCGGCUCCUUCAGUCCGUCCCCGAACCUCUCGAGCUCUCCGUCUGGCUAGAUCGACUCCUACUCCCCUUGCCGCACAUCAACUCAACUCCCGGCGAGCAUACUCGUCUCCCUCUGCUUCCAACCCCUCCACAAGAGCGACCGUGGUCCAAUUGCUCAGUAACAUUGGCUCAAAGAGAGAGGUUGCUCAAUACCUGUCACACUUCACCUCGGUCUCUUCUCAGCAAUUCGCUGUGAUCAAGGUUGGUGGAGCUAUCUUGACUGAGCACCUUCAGACUCUCUCCUCGGCGCUUGCAUUCUUGAACCACGUUGGUCUCUACCCAAUUGUCGUUCACGGUGCCGGACCACAAUUGAAUAAGAUUCUAGAAGACUCUGGGGUGGAACCACAAUUUGAAGAUGGCAUUCGAGUCACAGAUCCAAAGACGUUGGGUAUCGCACGCGCCCUGUUCCUGGAGGAAAACCUGCGUCUAGUUGAAGAGCUUGAGCGCCUAGGUGUCCGCGCAAGACCGAUCACUUCAGGCGUGUUCACGGCAGAUUACCUCGACAAAGAGAAAUAUAACCUCGUUGGCAAGAUCAACCAUGUCGACAAGAAACCCAUCGAGGCUGCCAUCCAGGCGGGCUGUCUCCCUAUUCUCACCUCAAUGGCCGAGUCCAAGGACGGACAGAUCCUGAAUGUUAACGCGGACGUCGCUGCAGGUGAGCUCGCGAGAGCAAUUCAACCACUGAAAAUUGUCUAUCUUUCUGAAAAAGGUGGGUUGUUUAAUGGAGACACCAAGGAAAAGAUCUCGGCGAUCAACCUGGACGAGGAGUAUGACCAUCUCAUGACGCAGUGGUGGGUUAGACACGGCACCCGGCUGAAGAUCAAGGAGAUGAAAGAGCUUCUCAUGGAUCUGCCGCGCUCCUCUAGCGUUGCUAUCAUUCACCCUGCAGACCUGCAGAAAGAGCUGUUCACCGACUCAGGAGCUGGUACUUUGAUCCGCCGAGGCAACAAAGUCCACAUCAACACAUCUAUCGAUCAAUUCAAGGAUAUUGAGCAGCUCAAACAGGUGCUCAUCCGAGAUCGCGCCGGUCUUGAUGCCAAAGCGAUUGUUGAUCGAUAUGUCAAGGGCUUGGAAUCGCGAGAAUUCCGUGCCUACUUUGAUGAACCUAUGGAAGCUUUUGGAAUCGUCCUGCCACCCAGUGGUGACACAACGCUCGCUCAUUUGGCUACGUUGACCAUCACCAAGAACGGUUGGCUAACAAAUGUUGCUGACAACAUCUUUGUUGCGAUUAAGAAGGAUUUUCCCAAGUUGAUGUGGACUGUCAAGGAAGACGACGAGAACCUGACGUGGUUCUUCGACAAGGCCGACGGUAGUCUCUCGAAGGACGGCGAAGUUCUCUUCUGGUACGGCUUGGAGACGAGCGACGAAGUCAAGGACUUGAUGGUCGAGUUCACCAAACAUGGACGACAGAUGUUUGGUGAUAUCAACCUCGAGUCUAAGCUUCAACGUGCUGCGAGAGAUAGAGCUGCGCAGAACUCGGGCAGCAACACUGCGAAGAUGCCGGCGCAGCAGAGAGCAUUUUCAACUCAAGCGAACCCUCUACGCGCAUCGCGGCAAGCCAGAUACGUCACCAAGCCUGCCCUCUCUGUCCGCUCAUACUCUACCACAAACCCCAACCCUCCACUUGGCUCCAAGAACAGCUCCAACAGCAAGCCCUCGAGGGUUGCACUGAUCGGAGCCAGAGGUUAUACUGGCAAAGCUCUGGUAGACCUUCUCAACCGUCAUCCUAACAUGGAUCUGCGACAUGUAUCAUCACGAGAGCUCGCGGGACAGAAGUUGAAGGGUUACAACAAGCGUGAUAUCACCUACGAGAACCUGAGUGUUGAAGACGUCCGAAACAUGGAGGAAGAAGGUGCUGUUGAUUGUUGGGUCAUGGCUCUUCCCAAUGGCGUGUGCAAGCCAUUCGUCGACGCUAUUGAUCAAGUUGGAAAGAACAGUGUCAUCAUUGAUCUAAGUGCGGAUUACAGAUUCGAUCCUGCUUGGACCUAUGGUCUUCCCGAAUUGGUAGAUCGCUCUGCGAUUGCCAAAGCUACCCGAAUUGCCAAUCCUGGAUGCUAUGCUACAGCUGCUCAACUUGGCAUUGCUCCUUUGGUUCCAUAUCUUGGUGGUCAGCCUACUGUCUUUGGUGUCUCUGGCUAUUCCGGUGCGGGUACCAAACCCAGCCCAAAGAACGAUGUGAACAACUUGACGGACAACAUCAUUGCCUACAGCUUGACGGAUCACAUCCACGAACGGGAAAUCUCUGCACAACUCGGCACUCCAGUGGGCUUCAUUCCUCAUGUUGCUGUUUGGUUCCAAGGUAUCCACCACACUAUCAACAUUCCUUUGAAGGAGGAGAUGAAGUCACGUGAUAUCAGAACGUUGUACCAAGAUCGUUACGCUGGCGAGAAGCUCCUGAAGAUCAUUGGUGAGGCUCCUUCGGUCAAGAACAUUGCACAUCGUCAUGGUGUUGAAGUUGGUGGCUUCGCUGUCCACUCCAGUGGGAAGCGGGUGGUUAUUUGUGCCACCAUUGACAAUUUGCUCAAGGGUGCUGCGACGCAAUGUCUUCAAAAUAUGAAUCUGGCAUUAGGCUAUGAACCACCCAUCAUCUUGCUAAUACCUAGGUCUGCAGUUCUCACGAGCCCUCAGCAUGGCGUUGCAACCAUUUGGCUUGUGGCAACACUGGGUCAAAAGUCCAAUCUGAAGAAAGUGACGCGACGAGCCAUUCUCGAGGUUGAUCUUCCCAAGGCAUGCAAGACCAUCACCGAGCCCGAGUUGCCAAUGGCUUUGCGGUUGCAGGGCAGCCUGCUCUUCGGCGUUUCACGCGUGUUCUCGCAACAAUGCGGAUACGUUUUGACGGACGUCACGAGUCUGUGGGACAAGAUGAGAGGUACGGAACAGAUCUUCAAAGAGAUGGAAGUCGAUCCGGAAGUUGGCAAGACUAGACCUGAACAGCUCAAUAUCUCCGAGGAUCCGCUUUUCCUUCCUGACCUUCACCUCAAUUUCGAUCUGUCAGCCUUCGGAUUCGGAUUCACUUCGGAUGACUUCUCUGCAUUCAGUUUCUCAUCUCCUCGUUCUCUACCCUCGAGCCAGUCUAGUCUGCCAAUCAACGAAGAAGAGGAGGACCCUCAAGCUGAAGCUGGCAUCGACAUACCUUCCUAUGGCACACCAUCGGGGUCUGGUGGGUAUGGUGGGUUCGAAGUUGCAGCAGGCACUAGCUUAGCUGGAAGGUCAGGAACUAAUGCCGGACACACACCUUCGGUCUUUGACAAUGAGCCCGUCGUCCUUGAAGAUGACGUCUUCGACGUCGGAGACGAUGGUGCGCUCCUCCCAGUGGACCUCGCAGCUGCCGACACAGAGCAAAGUGCAUUACACACCGACGGAGACGCAAUGGAAGGUAUAGAGCAACAGGCGGAGGUAGCAGAGAUUGAAGGCCCUCAGCAAAGUAUGCUCGUCGAUGAUCAUGGUGUCUACUUUGGCGACGAUGAACCAGCAAUGCAGACAUUAGAAGCACCAGUCACACCACAGCCUGCGGAUCCCGAAGAGCGCCGGUCCGAACGUGCUGACUCGUCCGCACAUCCCACUGAGGAGUCACCGGAAACAGCAGAGGCGCCCCAGCGACGUGUGCGUCAAGCAAAGGCCAUCAGACCUGACCAGCGGACCGAGUUGAGCAAUCGAGAGUUGACUGAGUGGAAUCAGAAUUACCUUACAAACAUGGCGGCCGCUCUGACAGUCAAGCGGAACCAGAUUUCGCACUUCGAAGCAAAGAAGAAUGCCGAGUUCUUCAUCCUGCAUCAAGGCAUCGGAAACAUUGCGUCGAAAUUUGGCGAUGAUAAGAACCCUCAUCCACUAGCCAUCUUCAGUGGUCAGUCACUUUGGGAACUAUUGAGAGGCGUCCCUGCUGGCACAAAACGAUCCCAUAGUGGUUCGUCAGUUGGCGACAAUGAGAAUGAGGAUGGCAGACGUGUCAGGACCAGAACAGUAUCUCAGGAAGAAGUCGCUCGUGGUGAAGACGGUGAUCAGUACAUGGUUGGCGACGACGACGGCUUGAUCCAAGGAGAUGACAUCAAUAUUGAGAGCGAGGUCGGUCGGGCCGCGCCGCCAUCCCUACCAGACCAUUCUUCAGGCAUGCCCUGGAACACCUCUGCAAUUCGUCACAGCUCGGCUCAGCCAUUAGGAAGUGGAGUCGUACCGAGACUGAGUUCCAGCGUUGGUGGUCUUGCUGGUGGUAUGGAACUGGGGCCCCCUUCCAGCAUUGGAAGGCGUCGGUCUCGUCUCAUGUCCGCAAGCCCGUUGCUAGGUAGAGGUCUAUCAUUUUCCAGGGCCGGCAGUCAAGAGCCUUCGCUAUUGACGGGUAACGAAGAUGAGUUUGCUGAUCUGGACGAGCAACUCGGUCUUGACACGGAUGCUGACUUCGAGCUGUACGGCCCUUCUGCCGCGGUUGACACGCAGACGGCUGCCCAGAGUCAAUGGGUCGCCGCGACGCUAGAGAACGAAGCGUACAAUUUCUUGAACUUUGUGGACACCAAGAUACAAGAAAAGCGUGGAGCCGAGGACGCGGAGGACGAAGGUGUUCCACAGGAUGCUACAAUGGUCACCUUCGCGGAGCUCCUACCACCAGAGGUGAAUUCGCAGGCCGUCGGUGCACAAGGGUUUCUCCACGUUCUUGCUCUUGCUACGAAAGGCUUACUCGAGGUGCACCAAGCAGAGUCGUUUGGACCGAUUGAGAUUGCUGUUGUCAAUCAUUAA